AUGGAUCACACGCUGUUCGGGUGCCUGCGGAGCCCCCACGCCCCGGCGCAGGCCCUGCACCCCGCCUUCACCCAGUCCCCCCUGACCCUGCACGGACGCUCGGACCACGUCUCCUACCCGGACCUGGCGUCUUCCUCCUCCUCCUCCUCCACCUCCUCGCCGUCUCCCUGCAUCAUCUCCAGCUACCCGGUGGACGACGGCCUGUUCCCCGGGCAGCAGCACCACCACCACCACCACCACCACCACCCUCACCGCGGCCACCUGCCCUCGCAGCAGCAGCAGCAGCAGCAGCAGCAUCACCACCCGCCUCAGCACCACGCGUCAUGGCACAUCCCGCAGAUGCCGUCACCCGGCGCCGGGAACACGCGCCACAACCUCUGCCACCCGCACUCCCACUCGACCCACGACAGCGGGCCCGCCGCCCCGGACCUGGGCCACCCGGGGGGGCCCAGCAUGUGCGCCAGCACCCCGAGUCUGGGCAUCGGCAGCACCCCGACGGGGGCCUCCUGUGCGCCGGCGGACUUUGGCAGACAGACUCUGUCACCUGCCGAGGCCGAGAAGAGGAACGGCAAGAGGAAAAGUGACAGCUCAGAGUCCCAGGACGGGAAUUACAAGUCCGACCUGAGCAGCAAACCCAGGAAGGAGAGGACGGCCUUCACCAAGGAGCAGAUCCGAGAGCUGGAGGCCGAGUUCGCCCACCACAACUACCUAACCCGGCUAAGGCGCUACGAGAUCGCCGUCAACCUCGACCUCACCGAAAGACAAGUGAAGGUGUGGUUCCAGAACAGGAGGAUGAAGUGGAAGAGGGUGAAGGGCGGCCAGCAGGGGGCGGCGGCUCGAGAGAAAGAACUGGUGAAUGUGAAAAAGGGGACGUUGCUGCCCUCGGAGUUCUCCGGCAUCGCGGCGCUCCACCACUCGACGGACUCUUUGGCCAACGAGGACAGCGACAGCGACCAGAGCUCCGAGCACGCUCACUUAUGA